AUGUUGAAAUAUUCCUUUGCAAUUGUUGCUGUCAUUUUGGCAGUUUGCGCUUGUGUGAGUGCUGUGUCAUCUCCAUUGAGCACUAGAGUGUAUUUUGGUGGUUCUUUUGCUUCCUUUAACGGAACCACAUUCAACAACAUUGGUUACUAUGAUUUGAAGGAACAAGCAUUCAAAGCCAUGUCCAAUGGUACCGAUGGUACAGUCAAUAUUGUCCAUGUCGAUUUCUUUGGUAACGUUUAUAUUGGUGGUUCUUUCACACAAGUCGGUUCAGUCAAGACUGGUCCUCUUGCCAUGUGGAGAAUUGACAAGGCUGAAUGGACUACAGUUGGAACUCUCUCAUUCAAUUCUGGUGCUUCCAUCACUGCCAUUGAUACCAAUUGUCUCAAUAUCGUGACCAAUACCAAGUCAUUCCCUUGUGAUGUCUUUGUUGGAGGUCAAUUCACAACGACUAAUCCUGCUGCUACCAACAUUGCUUGGUUUGAUUAUAGUGCUCAAACAUGGAAGGCAAUGUCUGGAUUCACUGCCAACUCAGUCUCUGCCAUUGCAAAGAAUGAAUUCCAAACAACUACCAUCAAUAAGGUCUUCUUGGGAGGUAACUUUACUUCUGGUUCCAAUAGCUAUGGAUUUGGUAUUUAUGAUACUUCAAAGAAUACAUUCACAGGAGUCGAUGGUGUCUCAGGUGUCACUGAUAUUUACUACAAUCCAAACUUGUUCAAUGUCGAUGACCUUUUCAUUGCUGCUGCCAAAUUCCCUAAUGCUCAAUGUGUUGGUCUCUGUGCUUACAAACACACCGAUGGAACAUGGAGCACCAAGGUUGGAACAGAUUCCAUGUCAACCAUUCGUAAAUUAGCCUACAUGAAAGGUACUUCUGUUUCAUCAGUCGGAACAGUCUUCAUUGCUGGUAGCAGUGGUGUCAAGAAGGGAUCUGGAGGUAGUACAUUCUCAGCUUUUGGAUCUAACUCUCCAAAUGUGAAUGUUUAUGGUAUGGAUAUUUGUGGAACUGCAAGCAAUGAGGCUUUGACUUAUUGUUCACAAGGAUCUGUUGCUGCUGGUGGUCAAAACUUUUUGUACUUUUACAAUGCCAAGACUGACACUUGGACCAAUCUUUUGAAUGCUUAUACUUCCAGUAAUUAUACUUUGCAAGUGAAUUCCGUCUAUGUCAAGGUUUCAAGUGCUAUGAGAGAAAGUUCAAUUUCAUUGGUUGUUUUGAUGAUUGCAUUGAUUGCAUCUGUCUUCUUCUUUUAA